CAGUAGUAAAAAAAAAAAAAAUCUGGUUGCCAUGAAUUUCAGCUAGCUAGCCACCGACAACUGUCAGUACACUUGAGUAAAACCAUCCAUGUCAAGACACAAGAAGGAUUUUCGGAGUCUUGUGCCGCUUCUGUGUUCAUAUAGGAGCACACCAGCCUGCCUGCCAACCUACUGUGAAUCGAUCUUGCUGGCGCAGUGACUACACCAGAAGACCUUGGCACCGUUGUGUGCCAGUUCAUUUCAAGACCCAGGGAUUUCUGAAUCCAGAAGAUGAACGGUCUGUCCAUACGAGAGCUAUGCUGUCUCUUCUGCUGCCCCCCUUGUCCCAGCCGCAUUGCAGCCAAACUGGCUUUCCUCCCUCCAGAGCCCACCUACGCCCUUCUCCCUGACCCAGAUCCAGGUUCCGGAGCUGGAGCUGCCUCUGGGUCCAGCUCCGGUGCUGCUCAGCCUUCUCUCGGAGCCCCAGGACUGCGUUCCCGGCUGGGCACUGGUAGUGGAAGUGACAGAGGAGGUGGAGGUGGUGCCGGAGGUGGGGGUGGUGGAGGAGGAGGAGGUGGUGGUGGUGGAGGCGGCGGUGGCGGAGGAGGAGGAGGUGGCAGCGGUGGGAGUGAGGGCAGGUGGAAGCUUCAUCUCACAGAGAGAGCAGAGUUCCAGUAUUCACAGAGAGAGCUGGAUGUGACGGAUGUAUUCCUGACCAGAUCUAGCCGAGGGAACAGGGUGGGGUGCAUGUACAUUCGCUGCGCCCCCAACGCCAGGUUUACAGUUUUGUUUUCCCACGGCAAUGCAGUAGACCUGGGCCAGAUGAGCAGCUUCUACAUCGGCUUAGGCACACGCAUCAACUGCAACAUCUUUUCCUAUGAUUACUCAGGCUACGGUGUUAGCACUGGCAAGCCCUCUGAGAAGAACCUAUAUGCUGAUAUUGAUGCUGCCUGGCACGCCCUGCGCUCCCGGUACGGCAUCAGCCCUGAGAAUAUCAUCCUGUACGGGCAGAGCAUCGGCACGGUGCCCACAGUAGACUUGGCGUCACGGUUUGAGUGUGCUGCUGUGGUCCUCCACUCUCCUCUCACCUCUGGCAUGAGAGUGGCUUUCCCCGACACCAAGAAGACAUACUGCUUUGACGCCUUCCCUAACAUAGAGAAAGUGUCAAAGAUCCCGUCUCCGGUGCUCAUCAUCCACGGUACAGAGGACGAGGUGAUCGACUUCUCUCACGGCCUCGCCCUGUUCGAGCGCUGUCCCAAGGCCGUGGAGCCCCUCUGGGUGGAGGGCGCCGGUCACAACGACAUUGAGCUUUACAGUCAGUACCUGGAGAGGCUACGGCGCUUCAUCAACCAGGACCUGGCUGCACAGCAUGCCUGAGAAAACAAACAACAGCCUCUCUGCGUCUGUGUGAAUGAGACCGUGCGUAUGCAUGUGUGUGUGAGAGCGAGUGACGUCAGCAUGUCUGCAAAGUACGUGUGAGAAACUGAACUUAAAACGAUGUGUGAUUUUUUUUUUAUUUUUUUUUUCUUUCUCGUCACAUCUGUGUGUCUUUGAAGCAGCACACCUUUAGGUUACUUUUCAACACAACACUUGUUCAAAUGAUUUCCUGUUGGAAAGGUGAGAACAGUUUUUAAUCCAUCAGUAGCUGUAUCCAUCUGUGCGGUGAGGUGAGGGCUGGAAACGAGCCGAGAUUUAACAACUUCACAAAUCUGGUUUUUAACAAGAGAAAAUUUAUGAACAGUGGCUUUGAAAUGCGUCACCGACAUAAAUUAAGACGUAACUACAACGCGCUUCGUCCAAAAAGGCACACAGAUGUAAUUUUAAAGUAUGAAGUGUUAGUGAAUGUAUGAGUCAUGCGUGUAAGUGUCGGGUGUAUAUCCAUAUCUCCAUGGACAUGCGUGCACGUUUGUGUGUGUGUGAGAGUGUGUGUGAGGCAGUGCUGAAAGAAAUGAAGGACAUCCUGAUGACUUGGACAGCUGCAAGUGGAGGAGGCUUAUUGAGACUUAUCAAUAUUGAUGUUAUUAUUUUCUUUUUUUUUUUGCGUGUGUAUGUAUGAAGAAUACCUCCACAGCUUGACCAGAUCUCUCUUCAGUGGACACACACUGGUCAAGCAUGUGCCCCCCCUUCCCCCUGCACACACACACACACACACACACACACACACACACACACACACACACACACACGCACACACACCUCCACCACUCCCUGUUUACCUGUUAAUGGACAUCCAUCUGACUGCCAGGGCAUUUCCCAAGUUGUUGUCCAGCUAACACUAACCUACUCUCUCUGUGUGGUUUGGGGGUCCAUCUCUUUCCCUUUGGUAUCAGUCACAGUGGAUACACAAGGACCAGGCUGGAAUACUGUCAUAGCUCAUGUGGCUGCUGGGGGUCUCAUAGUUUCCUCUCGCUCAUUUCCGACUCUAAAGAGCUCACAGAAUGGCCAGCUGCCACUUUAUUUCCUGGCUGUGUCUGAGCUUUAGCUGUCUGCAGAAUUGCAGCAGCAGCAUACAGGGAAUUAUUUUCAUCUCUCUGUAUUGCUUUCUCACAACCAGUCCUACACGUUUGUGAUAAAGAGCGAUAGUUCGGUUGAAAUAUUUGAAAGCCACAUGAAGAAUAUCUCCGUUUAUGUGGACAAUUCUUCGGCAUUUAUAGAACAGCUGGAGAAGUGCAGGUUUACUUGGUAAUUUUAUUGUCACAUCAGAUAUACGGACGGCUGUAGCCUUUCAGUAUUUACUGGUGUGUGACUUUUAAAGGUUGGGCAGACUGCACUGGCUCGGCAACAGCAGGAUUAAGUCAGAGUUAAAGGAAUAGUUUGACAUUUUUGGAAUUACACUCUUGCUUUCUUGCUGAGAGGUAGAUGAGACCCUUGUGCAGAGACUCCAGGAAGUGGCUGCACCCACACAAGAAAUAGUUUUUCUAUCAGUUAAAGAAACAAGAUUCAUGUUUAUUUGUAAACCACAGGGCUGUCGCGAUAGCUGCAAUGUUGCAAUACCGCCAACCACCACAACUGUUUUGUUCAUAUUUUUUUCUUUGAUUCAUUGGAGCACUGCGUAUUGACACUCUGCUACAAACGCCAGCAGCGUGAUGAGGCGCAAAGUGUGUAUUCUGUGCUGAGCGCUGCACAUUCGGCGUUUUAUCUGAUCUCCGAGUGUUGAAAAAUAUUUGACUUUGGCUAAAACACUGGCAGCUAGUCUGUGUUGCUUUUUACCCAGCUGUCCAAUUACUGUAGAGCCUACCACAAAGACCAAAAGUCACAUUACUGAACAACAACAGAGGAGAAAUGAAUACUGAACUCACAAAGACUCUCCUCCUUACGUGCUUCAGUCUCAUUCAGUAGGCUACUCUGUUUUCAUAGCAACCAGACGCAACCGAAGCAUCUCAGCUGAAAAAACGCUCCCCUUAUUGCGCCUCAAUGCCCUUCUGUGUUCUGAGUUCAAACAAUGACCAAGUAUUUGAUUUGUUUUAAAGCUGUGUCCUCUUUGUCAUUUAAAAAGCAGCUAAGAAAAUGUAUUUACAAAGCACUAAAGUCAGGAUAAAUGAAGUAGCAGAGGCUGCUAAUCGCGCUGUUGAGCCACCCUUAAUCGCCGCAGGGGAAAUUCCUUCACUGUGACAGCCCUAGUGAACUUUAGUGGUGCUAGCAGGUGGAAGCCAGGCUUGUUUUCAGUCCUUAUGCUAAGCUAAGCUAACCAGCUGGUAGCCGCCGCUUCAUAUUUAGCAUACAGACAUGAGUGGAAUCAUUCUUUUCAUCUGUCAGCGAGAAAGCAAAUGAGCAAAUUUCCAAAAUAGUGGACUCUAUGGUUUAAAGUCUGAAGUGCAGUUGUUGAGGUUGGCGAACACACCCUUUUUUGAGCUUAAUAUUUCAGUGGGAUUUGGGGAGUGAGGAGACAAAGCAGCAGCUGAGACCACCAAACUAAUGAGGAUUAUGUCAGUUUUAACUGCGAAUAAUCUUUUGCUUCACCAGAAUCUCUUUUGUGUAACGCUGAUUAACUUGUAGUCUCACAGCACAGGUUGUUUCCCAAGUCUUGCUCCAGUAGCACCCAUCACCAGUCAGUUGAUCAGCCUCCUGUUCACGUGCACACCUGUUUCUAACGUUUUUGUCUCAGUGUAAUUAAUCUGAACGUGUUUGUCAUAGUGUGUCGGGGGGGUGGGGGCCAUGGAUUGUUUGUCUCAGAACCGUGCGCGUCGACGUUACGACUAAUAAUGUGAUUCAGAUAGGGUGCCAGGACAACGAGACAUCAUGCCUACUACAGCUCUAUGUGACCUCCGUGGCCCUAAAUGUACAGGAGCUCUCUUAUGGGUGGCAGCACGCUUCAAGUCUGACACAAGCCAUAUUUGAGCCUCUCACUGUUGGUGUGGUGCAGGUUCCACCACACACACCUUUGCACAUCAACACACACAUUCAAAAACAACACACACACGCGCAUACACACACACAGUACAUGUACUGUAGUAUACAGUAUAUUUACACAUUUAUAUAUAUCAGAUCAAGCAUGACAAAAGCAGGUCUUAAGUUCAGCACUAUUGUACAAAGCAUCCAAAGUGUAAUAAGGGUAUAAAAUGUAAGUUUGUGUGUCUUCAUUAUUAUUGACUGUCUUCUACAGGCCAGCAUAAGGAUACUAACAUCAUGUUUGAAUAACUAGUACUGGGCCCUGUGUGUAGACCUGGAAACGUACAAGAACUGGCUUCACGGUCGCAGGUUAGCACCACAUUUCAGAUCUACACAAGGCGUCUGCUCUGCUGCAUAGGAGGCCCUUCAGUUUCAGUGAUAGUAGCUGCGUUUUUUAAGGGAACAUGUACUGAACUAGCACUGAUCUGAUUACUCCAUUGUGGGAGUACAAGUGGGUCUUAGUGAACACCACUCGCUUCCUGUCAUCACCUCGGAACAGGGAAUCUUUCCAUUCUCAUCACGUGCUUUGUGUCUCUGAUAUUUAAAUAAUGGAAAUCUGUUACCAUCUUGGACCAGGGAGCUGAGCUGUCAGAAGAAUUCGAGGGAGUUGUCGCCUCUCUCUGGAAGUAGAAGUAGGCUUCAGUUAUUUCCUGGACCGGUCGUGUUAUCAGGGAAACCACUGGAUCCACCUUUCACUCAUGGCGUUCAAGAAACGGGGCGGAGACUUGCCGUUUUAUUGAUGCACCACUAUGGUUGACGUAUAUUGUAUCCUCUGGCCCUGAAUGUGUAUUGAUGGGGGUGGGGGUGGGGGGGUUGAGCAGUGAAAACUGUAUGCAUGUCUAUUGUGUUUUGCAGAGCAAGUGACGGGGUGGGAUGUUAUCUCUAUUAUGUAUUCUAUGUGAGGGUAAAGCUGAACUCAUGGCAUCGGAACAUUGAAGCGCUUUUUAAACAAAACGGGACGUUCAUUUGAAUUUUUUUAUUGCUGAUACUAACUGAUGUAUUGUUAUGAGUUUUGUGCUAGAGUUUGAGCG